UCAUUAUCAUAAAUUAUUCAGCAUCACCUAGAAGCGUCGCAACUAACUCGACUGCACCUGGAUACUUAAUUUUUAUUUAUGAUUAUUUAUAAUAAGAGGCAUUUGACUAAAUGAAUGCCCUACUUUACUCUGAAAAACGGAUACUAUUUUUUUCAAAAUAGUUUUUUCUUGGAAUAACUCAAAAGAAAAGAACAGGUGAUCAGAAAAUAGAUUUUAUUGUCAUUUUUGAACGCCAUAAAGCUAUUAUUAUUCUUUAUAAAUUGAUUUUCAACAUGUGGACCUUUCUUGGCAUCGCAAGUUUUACUUAUAUCUAUAAGAAAUGUGAUGCUCUGGUGAGUUAUGCGCCCAGAGAGCUGAUAGUGGCCGCGCUGCUGUGCGUGUCCGUGGGGCUGAUGUUCACGUGUCUCGGGUUCCGCGGACAGACCCUCAAAGCGCCUCAGUUUCUCCAGAUGCCUCUCAAACUCUUGAGUAGAUUCUCUCCGACCAAAAAACUCUUCUCCAUGUCUAGUACAGACAGCUGUAGUCGAACUUCUAAGAAGAGAGAUGUAAAGCGAAGGAGGGCAACAGACAGUCAGUGCGAUCAGGCAGAGGAUCCCGAGGUCAUUAUAGUGGGUGCUGGUGUUCUGGGAUCAGCCAUGGCCGCUGUCCUGGCCCGGGAUGGCCGGAGAGUCACGGUGGUGGAGAGGGACAUGAAAGAACCAGAUCGGAUAGUGGGAGAACUUCUGCAGCCGGGAGGAUUUCUGGCACUCAAAGAACUCGGCCUGGAGGGUACUGUUGAAGGUCUGGACGCCCAUGUGGUGAAUGGAUAUGUGAUCCAUGACCUGGAGAGCAGGACGGAGGUGGAGAUCCCGUAUCCCCAGCAGGAGAACAGCAUUCAGGGUGGACGAGCCUUCCACCAUGGACGCUUUAUCAUGGGACUGCGUCGAGCUGCCCUCGCUGAGCCCAAUGUGAAGUUCGUGGAGGGAACGGUGACCAGCCUGGAGGAAGAAGAUGAGUGUGUGACAGGAAUUCAGUACAGGGAGAAAGACUCUGGGAUGAUCAAGGAGAUCCACGCUCCUCUGACCAUAGUCGCUGACGGCUGUUUCUCCAAGUUCCGUAAGAAUCUGGUUUCUGGGAAAGUUAAAGUGUCGUCUCAUUUUGUUGGAUGCAUAAUGAAGGACUCUCCUCAGUUCAAGCCCAAUCAUGCAGAGCUGGUUCUAGCUGAUCCCAGUCCAGUGCUGAUCUAUCAGAUCUCCUCCAAUGAGACUCGGGUUCUGGUGGAUGUCAGAGGAGAGAUGCCCCGAGACAUUAUGCAGUACAUGACAGAAAAAAUCUACCCCCAACUGCCAGAGCACUUGAAGGAGCCGUUCAUGUUGGCAUUGCAGAAUGAUCGCUUGAGAACGAUGCCUGCCAGCUUCCUGCCACCCUCACCAGUCAAUAAACAAGGAGUUCUGCUCUUGGGAGACGCGUAUAACAUGCGUCAUCCUCUGACCGGUGGCGGGAUGAGCGUUGUGCUGAAUGACGUCCGCAUCUGGAGAGACCUGCUAAAGAACAUCCCUGAUCUCUAUGACAAUACAGCUGUGCUCCAGGCAAAGAAAAAAUUCCACUGGGAGCGGAAAUCAUCUCACUCAUUUGUAGUGAACAUCUUGGCUCAAGCGCUGUACGAGCUGUUUGCUGCGACCGACAAUUCACUGCAUCAGUUGAGAAAAGCCUGUUUCCACUAUUUCAAACUUGGUGGAGAAUGUAUCAAUGGACCGAUCGGCCUUCUAUCCGUAUUGUCGCCGAGACCCUUGACUCUAAUCGGUCACUUUUUCGCGGUGGCCUUGUACGCCAUUUACUUCAGCUUCAAAUCCGAAUCCUGGCUCACAAUUCCACGAGCGCUGGUCAAUAGCGGAGCCAUCAUGUACAGAGCCUGUGCCGUGAUGUUUCCUCUCAUUUACUCGGAGUUACAAUACCUGGUUUACUAGGAAGGAACUGAAAAAGAAAUUGAUUUUUAAUUUCUUCUGCCACUGGUGGCUACGUCCGAGUGCCUCGUUUUCUUUGGGAAAAAGGGAUUCCUGUCAGACAGAAGACUAAAAAAGGAACAAGUCUCAGAUGAGGAAAUCCUUCGGCUGUAUUCUUCACAUGGUGUCUGAUAUUAAUAGUCAAAGACCCUGCCUUAUAUUUUUAUAAUGAUGUAGAGAAAUUUGCCUUGACCCGUUGCAAUUAAAUGAGGUGAAAAAUCCUGUGCUUUAUUUUAAAGUGCAAAAUAAUGAUUAAACCACUAGGCUGCUCGACUUGUCUAAAUGUUUUAAUUGUUUUCAAAAUACUAAGGACAAUCAAUGGGGCUGCAUCUCAUUUGUAGUUUAAGCACUUGUCAGUGUUUUUUUUUUUUGCUUUUUCAAACUUUUUCAAAUGUGUGUAUGUGUCUUGAUUUUCACAAGGGCCUUCCAUUAUCAGUUUUGCCUUUCUCUGUUGUUCAAGUCUAGUGAUGUUACAAAAAUGUAAUUUGUAAUGGAUGUGGCAUUCUAUAAAAAGUUAAAUCAUGUGUAUAUUUUCUGAAAGAGGACAAGAGCUUUAAUGUGAAGAUUUAAUCAAUUCCGGAUGUGAGCUUAUUCAGGCAUGAGUGUGUGGUUAUGACCGUGUCAUAUUUGUGUUCAUAAUAUUUCUGGCUCAGUGUAUGUAGCCACUCGACCGUUCUUUCAUUUAAUUUGCCCCCUUUGUAUAUAUAUAUAUUUGGAGUCAAAUAUAGUUUGAAAGACUGGAAUGACCCAGAGACAUUUGUGAACCUAUUUUACAGGCUUUGCAUUUUAACAUCUCUCAUUCUUUUAUAAUUGGAUGUUGGUUUGUGGUAUAAAAUACUACAGUAAGAUUUUGUGCAACUUACAAUAUGUCCACCAGGUGGCGCUCUUGUACCAGCAGGAUGAAAAUAACGGCACAAAAUAAAAAGAUUAAAAAACA